AUGAUUGUAUUUAAUACAAGACAUGUUUGGAAGAAUGCAACAUGGGAUAUCAAACAAGCAAAUUAUUAUUAUAUUCAUGAUUGCCAAUUCAAUGAUACUGGCGAUUAUGAUGGAUUGUCAUGCAUAGACUUUCAAAAUGGAGAUGGGAGUCAAUUUAUUGAUGUUUAUUUAUGCAUUGUCACAUAUGGAAAAGGAUAUUGGGGCGGAGGAAUAUAUUUUUACGGUAAUUUUGAUUUUAAUAUAAAAUUUAUAUGUAUCUAUUCUUGCAAAUGUAAAGUUGCUAAUGCAAUUGCAUAUUUAGAUGGUGGCUCAAAAAACAAAUUCAAUCUUACAUACUUAUCUUCAAGCCAUUGUCUUAUACAACGUGAUCCAUUAUAUUUGAAAUAUUUUCAUGAAUGCUCAAAUAACAAUGUUUCUUUUACCCCUGCUUAUGAUAACAGUGGAGUAGUUUGCUUGGAAUCCGAAUAUGAUAAUCUCAAAAUUGAUUAUAAUUCUUUUUACAAUAACACAUGCCCAAAAUACAUUGUUUAUUUUUAUACAAGUAAAUAUAAUACAUUUGCAACUAAUUGUAAUGUUAUUAAUAAUAAAAUUGAAUGGGAAUCAGUAAUUGUAUAUAAUCAGGCAUGGAGUUCUAUUUGUCUUUAUUUAUUCAAUUUCUAUAUUUAUGGGAAUCAAGGGAAAUACGCAUAUUAUACAUAUAAAACACGAUCCUCAGGAAAAAUAUUUGUGGAGAAUUGCACCGCAGAUAGCCAUGAAUUUUCAAAUAAUGUAUAUUUUACAGGUGAGAUAAUAAAUGUCACUGAUGAUGAACAUCCUAUAUAUCCAUAUUAUGGAACUUUUGGUUGUGAUGCAAUCUGGCCAAUAAAUAUUGGAAAAGAAAUUCAAACACCAUAUGAAACUGCGUUUCAAACUGCAUUCGAAACUGCACAUGUUACUCCUUUUGAAACUGCACAUGUCACACCUUUCGAAACUGCACAUGUCACACCUUUCGAAACUGCGCAUGUCACACCUUUUGAAACUGCACAUGUCACACCUUUCGAUACAGCACAUGUCACACCUUUUGAAACUGUACAUGUCACACCUUUUGAAACUGUACAUGUCACACCUUUCGAUACAGCACAUGUCACACCUUUUGAAACUGUACAUGUCACACCUUUCGAUACAGCACAUGUCACACCUUUUGAAACUGCACAUGUCACACCUUUCGAAACGUUGAUUCAAACUCCGGUGAAUAACCCUGAGCUUAAAAUUCCAAGUCAAUCAUUGUUUGAAACUCUGAUUGAAACUCCGUUUGAGUCUGCUUUUCAAACACCACAAGUCACAGAAGGUGUUCAAGAAAAAGACCUUGUUUUAAAUAAUUCAUUAUCAUCUACUGCAAGUUAUAAUGUUGUUGACGAAAGCAAUCAUUAUAUGAAUACGAAUGAUAGUCCAAAUGAUUCUAAUAAAUUAGACAGUGGAAAAUGGAUUAUAAUUGCUGCAUCAUUAUCUGCAUUUAUUAUUGCUGUGAUUGUUCUAUCUAUUUAUUUAUAUAGGAAGAGAAUAUCAAAACAAAAUGAAUCAGAUAGUGAAAUCGAGAUGGUAGAAGAAACAGUCAUCACAUCGAAAGAAAAUAUAUCAUUAACUAUUGAAAAUCCAUUGUUCACCACACUAUCAAUGGUUCAGAUGAUCCAUUCAAAUCUGCAUUUGAGGACUCUGAAAUUGAUGGUGUUUUCUAUAUUAAUGAAAACUAAUCAUGCUAUUGUAUAUAUUAUUGUUUGCAUUUAA